AAACGAAAAAUAAAAAACAAAAAUAAAUAAAUAAUGAAUUCUUAAUUUAGUUAGUGGUAAUGCACGGCAUAUUGGCUGGCAGACUGGCUGAACAUUUUCAAUGUAUUAAUGAGUGCGAAUAUAAGAGUGUGCGCGCAUAUACCGAACGAAACCCUUAGCAGUUCAUUAAGUGUUGUGAUGGCAUCAAAUUAACAAACUAUUGUAUUGUAAUGCGAACUUCUUUUAGGUCAUUUCGAAUUCAUAUCAUCGUAUUGUUCUUGUUCUUGUUCUUGUUCUUGCACUCUUACUUACGUUUUGCUUUGUUUCUCUUCGCGUUUAAAAUAAACAACUAUUGGUUGUUAAUUUGUUUACCCAUAACUUAAUAUAACAUAAUAAUAAUAAUAAUAAUAAUAAAUAUGAGUUGGAAAUAUCGAAAAAUUAAUAUACAGGGGCAACAAGAGGCUCUUUUCUGUCUUAUGUUAAUGUUGUGUUCAAUCAUCUACAGUGGAUGGGCAGAUGAAACAUUUCCCAAUAAAAUCACUUUCCAGAAAAUAACCCAAACAUCAAAAUUGCCAGCAAAGUUGAACGAUAGCAUAUCCAAGUCGACCUCAUCUAUUCCAGUAAUAUCGUCUACGGAGACUAGUAAUAUUUCGACUGACACGUCAAAUGUAACGAAUUUAUUUCUAAUAUCGUCUACAACGGAAGCAAGCGAUGCCAGUAAUCCCAACACAAAUGUUUCAAAUAUUUGCUCAGAAGGUAUAAAAUCUAUAUUAAGCAAUUCCGAAGAUGAGAAACCUAUCGUUAAAACAGAAAGAGAAAUCGUGCAAGUCCUCCAAGGUGAGGUUAUGUUAAGCAUUCUAACUACGGAUCCUAUCUCCGCCAUGUUUGUGGUAAAUCGUUUAAACGUAGCCAAUCUAUUAGAAGCUGAUUUUGAAAUCGGUGUGCGCGCCAUACAAUUGGACGGCGAACAAUCGGCUCAGAAUUUAUUGCUGCAAGAAAUUCAAUAUCAACAGCAAUGCUUAACCCAUUCCUUGGGUAUAUUCAUCGAUUACGACUAUUUUAAAAUGAUGGCAGAAUUUAUUAAAGAGUUAGAAUACCGUAUAUGGCCGAUAUCGUCAAUACGUGAGGAUAUCUUCCCCAAGGUCGCUCAUCUAUUGUAUCAAAUGCCAUGGGGCGAUCAGAUUGCUUCUGUCGAGAUCCUAUCAGAAACUUUACAAAUUUACAAUGAUUUCACGGAUGCCGUGCGACGAGAACACAUGUGUCUGAUGCACUUUAAAAGCGACAACAACAUUUAUAUACUGUUCGGCAAUAAAAUGGCCAUGAAUUUCAAAGAGAAUGGCACUAUAUUUGCGGUCCCUACUGAGAGAACUGAACGCGGUUUCAUAGCCGAUUUACCGGACAGAUCCUAUAUAUUGAUGGAAAAUGAAAUCAAUUUGAAAAUUAUUGACCAAAAUUCGACACAAAUAACACUGGAUGAACCAUUGGUAGGCAAGACGAUAUUAUCGUCGAGAGUAUUGGCUUUAUCGCGGCCUUUAUUAAAACUGAUGCGUUGGUUUAAAAGCUUCCUCGAAAAACAUUGUCGCCGCUUUGAAGAUCUAUUCAUAUUAGAGAGCUGCACUCAGUUUUUAGAGUUCAUUGAUAAUGACUGGAUGAACUCCGAUCGCGCCUCUCACCAAGACACCGCUGAGUUAUUGGAUUUAUUUCGCAUGCGUCGCCUUACGACUUUAAUGAAUUUUCAAAUGUUUCAAAAGCAUUCGGCGGCAAACGCAGACGUUGAUCUGCUCUCUUCAGUAUCGCUGGGGGACGAUCAUUUAAGGCUGCGUGAGAUUGCCUCGCAAAAUUUCGUUACCAAUAUCACUACGUAUUACCAUUACAAUCAGGAUAAUCAAACAAGCGUUGAACUGAAAACAAAAUUCGGCAAAGUAUUCAAUUGUCAAUACAGUGCCGCGGAGAAUCCCCGUCAUCCGUUUUUGUUCGACGGAGAUUCGGUUAUGUUUUGGCGUAUAAAACCCGAAACUUGGGUGGCUACUGGAAUGACAGCCGCCAUCUUGGGCGUCAUCUGCACCUUAGCGAUAUUAGUGUUUAUUAUAGUGCGCAUAUCUUUGGGCGAUGUUUUCGAAGGAAAUCCAGUUACUUCAAUUCUUUUGCUCUUAUCGCUGCUACUAAUGUUUACCUCUUUCGUGCCUUUCUCAAUGGAGUACGUGGGCGAACAACGCAACUCUCACGUUACUUUUGAAGAUCUUGCGACCCUGAAUACUCUCUGCGCUGUCCGAAUUUUUAUUCUAACACUCAUCUAUUGUUUUGUUUUUUGCAUUCUUCUUUGCCGUGCUGUCAUGUUGGCUUCGAUUGGUUCGGAGGGUGGUUUUCUGUCACAUGUUAACGGUUACAUUCAGGCGGUAGUAUGCAUUUUUAGCGUACUGGUCCAACUCGGCAUGUCUAUACAAUUAUUGGUUGUGAUGCACAUAGCUUCCGAUCGUAUAUCCUGUGAAAAUAUUUAUUAUGGCAAUUGGCUAUUCGGCUUAUUAUCUUACGAUGCGCUAUUGUUGUUGAGCUCCAUCGCCUUGAUACCGUUUAUAUAUCGUUCGCAACGCAAUUACCGUGAAGGUAUCCUGAUCGUUAUUGGUUGUGUCUUAAUCCUCAUAAUAUGGAUUGCUUGGAUCACGAUAUCUUUCUUCGGCGACGACAUGCGUGAUGCUGCUAUACCAUUAGGUCUGCAAGCAUGCGGUUGGGCUGCUUUAGUGGGCAUAUUGAUACCUCGAACAUUUUUAAUUGUACGUGGUAUCGAACGUUCCGACAUUGCUCAGGCCUUGCCUUCAUUAACGUCACUUGCAUUUGCUCAAAAUAAUCAGUACUCGUCUGAACAGAGCGUGUACGAGUGCGUUAAUCCAGCUAUGCGCAAUUGCCAGGAUGAUGAGAGUCAUCAUCAUCACCAUCAAUCACCCAGUGAAAUACCAACACUUCCGCUGCGUGGCGGUGGUCCCAGACGUCAACAAAUGUUCGCAAAUUUACGUCAAACUCAUGCUGUCGGCAAUGGUGGUGGUGGCGGCAUGCGUCGCCAAAACACCACUCGAGUACAACGCGGCAGUCCCACCGGUUCCUGUGAAUCAUCUUUACCUCCCUCACCGGAAAACAGUAAAAUAACCAGAUUUUAAUAUCAUUAAACCGUCGAAAUUUUCAGGCGAUGAAAACUUCCAUAUUAAGGACCAAAAGUAACGGAACUUUUUAUUCGAUUUUAUCAUGUCAGACUAAUUCGAAAAGGAAAUGAAAAAGACCUAACAACUAAUUAACGGAAAAAUUUUUACCGAUGAAUGGUUGAUGAUAUAUAAAAGUUUUUUUCUAAUCAAACUUUUCUAGUCACUCUGUACGAGCUCUUAACAUUUAAGGUUAAAAUAUUUAUUAAAUAAUAAUAUUUAUACAAAACGGCCCAACUUU